GUUUAGUCAAAUCUAAGCGUUCAAACAUAGCACAAGCCAUACAAAAGUAAACAUACAAUCAAAAUUUAGCAAAACGUAUUUUUUUCGAGAUGUACGUUAAAGUAAAACUGUGUAGCAAUGACAAACAAAAUGAGGAACCUGAAAUAUUUAAAAUAAGAGACAAUGCUACGGUUCAAGAGCUGAAGGAAAAACUAGAAGUAUUAUUCGGAAAUUCAUUGGGCAUGUUAAAUAUUCGAAGCAUUUUCCGGACACUGGACAAUGCCGACGGUCUGUCGUCUAUUCUGCGCUUAAAGAAGCCUAACGAGUCGGCUACUGAUAUUCCCGGAUGUGCGUUUUCUCUUCUUUCCGGUAAAAAGAUUGUAGCGCUUUUAAAAUUUUAUUCAUACGCUGAAGCUGACGAGGUUCACAAGGAUUCCGUCAAUCUGCCAUCGAAGGCCUUGCUUUUGCCCGUCGAUAUACAGGCACCAAGCGACUCAAAUUCUAGCGUCUCUGAAAAUAGUUCCAUUUCAAACAAACUCGAGGAAAAAAGCGCAAAUUUCAAUAAAGUAGAAAAAAGUAUUUGUCCGUUAAAGUUGGCGGACAAGUCUGUAGGUCAGAACACAAUGCUUUCUGGCAACCAGGCAGGAAGGAGCAUUUCAAUUUUCCGUUCGAAGAUGCACAAUAUGGCGCGAUACUGUAAAAAGGAACAUAAUUCGGAUAAGGAGGCAGAGGACGACUUUGAUUAUGACGAAGAACCCAAUCCGAUGUGCAAGGACAAGAAGCGAGAUUGCUGUGUUCAGAACAAGUGCGGUAAGCCCGACCCUCGACCCCCAUACGCCCGUACGAUGCCGGAGAACCGUCAAUAUGGUUUGGUGCUUAGCAACGAUGAUCCCUGUGAGGACGUCGAUAUGGAGAAAAUAAUGGUCCAGCUGUUCUCCAUAUUCGAGAACUGCGAAGUGCAGGAUUUGUACUUUUCAGACUGCACAUCCACGGCCAAGUUUUGCCGUAAUCUUCUGAUGGUCACCGAAGACGACGAUACCGCUGAUUGGGUUAUUAGGGCCAUUGAAGGUGUUUGCCCUCCACACUCCUGUGAGCGCUUUAUUGAUUUCUUCCAUCUGAUACAUUGCACUUUCGUACUUCCCCUAAUUGUGCCUGGAAAGGCAUUGUGCUCUAUAUUUGACCUGUUGGAACUGCAGAACUGUGGAUUGGUUACUGACAAGUGGACUGUAGUAUGUCGCCGGACCCUGGAUCCAUGUGACCCUGACUACCAUUCAAAAGCUGUCAGUGAAAUUUGCGAGAAUGAGGAGUUCGAAAUGUACAUAGACGAAGAGAGUCGCGAGCUAAUCGAGAGCCAGUGCUCGAAACUGAAGUAUUGUUUUUGGCGUUUAAAGUUUGUCUUUGAUUGUUAACCAUCUAAAUUUGUAGUCACUUUUCGAUAAACACAAAUGUACCAACCAAACCAAACACAAAUUAACUAAUUAAGAUCAAAAUUUUUCUAAGACCCUUGGGAUUUUAUACAAAAAUAUGAAUACCUUUUUGAAUACAAUUAUAAAAUAAAAAUCAGAGUAAGCCACAAAGUGGCUGUGAAAACUAAA